AUGAAGUAUAGUUUAAUAAGCUGUGGUAUAAAUUGUGACUUCUUAUUUGGCCAAGGAUAUGAUGGCGCUAGCAACAUGUCUGGCCAAUAUAAAGGUGUUCAAUCAAUUAUUAAAGAGCAAUACCCCCAUGCCAUAUACGUGCAUUGUGCAGCGCAUUCACUUAACUUGGCUAUUUCAACUGCAAGUGAAAUUCAAUCAAUAAGAAAUUGUUUAGAAAUAAUUGAAAACGAUGAAGAGCCUAAAGUCAAAACAUUAAAAAGAUUGUGUGCAACAAGAUGGGUUCAACGUUAUGAUGCUGUAUCAGAUUUUAUACAACUGUUUUCAUAUGUAGUGGAUUCAUUAGAUAUUAUUAAAGAUUGGAAUGAUACUACAGCUACUGAUGCAUCAUUGUUUUUAAAAUCCAUUGAUACUGAGUUUCUUAUAUCUCUACAAGUUGUAAAACUGGUUUUUUCAUUUGGUUUGCCAUUAUGCAAAUUACUUCAAAAAGAACAAAUGGACUUAAAAUUAGCAGUGUCUCUUGCAAAAGAUAUUAUUGGUAGUCUGGAAGAAAUUCGACGGAAUUGUGAUAGUGAAUUUAAUAAAUUAUUUUUGGAAGCAAAAGAAAUGUCAGAAGUUGUUGGAAUUGAAAUGUGUAUGAAACGAAUAACAAAUAGACAAAAGCAUCGACCAAAUCCAAAUACACACUUAAAUAUAGAAGAUUUUUACAAAGUUACAGUGUUCAUACCAUACUUGGAUUAUUUUAUUAACCAAUUACAGGAACGUUUUCUGUCCCAUUCAGAAAUUUUUGAAGGAUUUCAAUGUCUGUUUUCUGCUGAAAUUUCAUCUACUGAUGAAAUAUCAUUCAAGAAAUUAAUCAAUUUCUAUUCUACAAAACUGGAUGUAGUUAAUUCCAAUCCUAAAACCGGAAUUGAAGCUCUUAAACUGUGUAACAUGGAUAUUUACCCCAAUAUACAUUUUUUAUUAAAAAUUUUAUGCACACUCCCUGUUUUUACUUCAACACCUGAAAGAACAUUCUCAAGUUUAAAGAAAAUUAAAACAUACCUUAGAAAUAGUAUGACAGAGGAUCGUCUAAAUGGUCUAUCAUUGUUGGCCAUUCAUAAUGAUAUUGAAGUGGAACAUGAUGAAAUACUUGACAUAUUGGCGCGAAAACCAAGAAAAUUGGAAAUUUUGUUAUAA